CACCCUCCUGACAGCAAACAGCGACUGUCAAACGUUCAUGUGCAAUUUGUAAAUAGGUUGUUGUUGUGUAACCCAGCUGAUUCUUAUUGACCGGCAAAUCCUAAAAUAAUCUUAAAAUAAAUUUUGAUAUGGUGCGACCUGGACGAAUACCGUUCUUUGUCACCGAAACGGGUCAACGGUUGGUUUUUUACGGAUCUACAACAUUGGCUAUCGGACUCUUUGCUGGACACUACUUGCCAAACACGGUAGGAAUAGAAUAUCUGAGGGAUUUUUUUCAGGCUUACAAAAAUGGUCAGGAGCAAAAACCGUCAGAGAAACUGCAGCAACGUUUCGAUCGAGCUAUUCGGCUGUUAAAGUUAACAGAUUUUGAGCAGAAAUUUGUUAAACCAUUUAUGGUGUGUGGUUUUGACAUAUUCAAUGCAGGAUCUUUGAAGUCUAGGAAUGGUGGCAUAGUUGGUAUACCAGCCAACUUUGAGUAUGACAGUGCAGCGGAUAUCGAGAAGUCAGAUGUGGUUCUACAUGGCAGAAAGAUUGAUUGGAACUCAGAGGCGGGUAAACUUCUGGAGGAUUGCUUGGUUUUGAACGAAGAUGAACAAGUCUUUGCAAUGGCUCGGGAAAUACUCACCUUAAACUCCCACAAACUUUUACUGCAAUCCGUAAUACCAUCAAUCAUGUGGGUUUUUACGUAUAGCGUGGCGCAUCUUAUUAAUCGUAGAAACAAUCUGUACAUUAGACCAUUCUCGUUAAGGUGCAUGUUAUAUGCAAUCUGCGGUACAUUUGGAUACGGGCUUUAUUCUUUCUCGAUGGACAUGAGUGAGAUGCAUUUCGAAACAACUGUGGACAAAAGGCUGGCCGAAUUGGGCCCAGACGUUGCGGAUGCUGGCGCAAGGUUCUACGAUAAAAUAUUGAAAAAGAACAUCGCUAUGCGAAAACUUACCGGAGAUAAUUAUUAUACUGCAAAAGGAAACAUCAACUAUCUCCUCCGACAGAAAGCGGCACCCCUGACAUUGAGGAAAGCUUUCUUCGUAUCCGGUUACAAAUCAAACACAAGUAGUCAAGAGAGCAGCUAGUCGCUUGUCUUUGCUGACGGGAUUAAUUAACAAUAUGAAUAGUUGAAAAUAUGAAACUUGAAUAAUUA